AUGAAUAAAGAGGAAGCCGCUAGGCCUGGCCCUGCUGCCGGCGCAACAACAGGCAGGCCUGCUCAUGCUGCGGCAGCGCCUUCAUCUACAGCGGCAGCAGAUGGAGCUGGAGCAACGGCGGCAGCAGCAGCUGCUGCAUCAGUAGCAGGUGGGCGACCUUCCGUGUCAGGCACAGCACGUGCAGCAGCAGUUGCGCCUGCUGCCGUCCGUGCAACAGCAGCAGCAUUCGCACGGCCUCCGGCAGGAGCACCAGGAGCAUCACUAGGAGGAGCAGGGGGAACGAUUGGCUCGCUGAACCACCAGCAGCAGCAUCAUCAUCAUCAGCAGCAGCAGCGUACCUCGCGUCGCUGCAGCACAGCGGGAGGCGGUGCUGCAGCGGUUAGCGUAGGGGAUCUGCCGAUUCAUAAGCACCGGGAUAAGAUACUAAAUCACAUAAAUAACAACUUCAUCACAUGCAUUCAGGGGGAGACGGGGUGCGGCAAAAGCACGCAGGUUCCAAAGUUUCUUCUGGAUCAAGAUGCAGAAAUACAGAAGGCUCUGCAGGCAAAACGCGCAGGGAAAGAGCUACCUCCUUCCUCUAGCAGCGUGCCGCUGCCUCCACUUGAGAGCUACAGACCUCUCAAGUGUAUCGUCACGCAGCCCCGAAGGCUUGCAUGCAUUUCGUUGGCUCAGCGGGUUGCCCGGGAGUUGGGGGAAGACACUGGUGGGCUCGUGGGGUACCGUAUUUCAGGCGAGAGUAAGACCAGCCGUCGCACUAAGAUAUUCUUUAUGACUACUGGUUACCUGCUGCAGAUACUUAUCAAUGCACAACCGGCGCUCUCCCACAUCCUGACAGAAGAAGAACUCAACUUAGAAGCUGCAGGCAAACUCGCGCUGCUGGAACGACGCGGCGCCGCAGCAGCAGACCGCCACCAGAAGUUGGAGCAGCAGCAGCAGCAGCAGGGUACUGAGCAGCCAGAGGGGGGCGGCUUGUCCUGGGGAGACGGUGGCUCUAGUGAGGGGUAUUUAGAUAGCGUCACGCAUGUGAUAUUAGAUGAGGUGCACGAGAGAGAUGUGGAUGCAGAUCUGCUCUCCCUGGUGUUGAAGCUGCAACUCAGGAGCCGAGUAGGCAAGCUGAAGGUGAUAGUAAUGAGCGCAACCAUGGAAGGCAAUUUGUUCUUCAAUUAUUUCUCCGAUAUACACCUCAAACACGUUGGAGAGGCGGAAACGGAAAAAGAGGCCCUAGAUGCUGCUGCAAGCACUUCCAAGCAGAAAGACCGUCUCAGGGCCAAGGACAAACAACCUGCACUGGCUGCUACUGCUACUGCUACUGCUGCGGAGCGGAAGCAACAACAACAGCAGCAGGAGCAGACAACGGACGAGUGCCGAUAUGAGGACAAGAUCUUUGUAGGGGCUAAACGUUUUCCUGUGCACACGUUAUAUAUCGACGACUUGCUGGAAGUAAACCCCACGCCGAAGGCACUCAGGCCCGUUAGUGUGGAUCAGCUUUCAGGAGAGGCGCUUCUGAUUGAAGGCCGAGAUGAAACAAAGGCAGGCGUGCAAGAGCAGGAAGACCAGCAGCAGCAGCAACAAAAGAAGGAAGCAGACGCUGAACCCGGGAAGCCCGCACCAGCGUUCAGCAGCAGCACAGCCAAAGAUGAUGCAUCGGCGGAACAGGUGGAGCAGCAGCAGCAGCAGCAAGAGGGAGACCCCGACAUCUUUGGUGCUCUGUUGUCUCGCAAAGGGCGUUCGCUGUCUAAUCUCUUCACGAAUCCCUCCAGAUGGGCUCUUUUAGAGGCGUUGCGCAACUUCAAAUCGGGGACCCGGAAUUCCGAGGGGGGCUUACAGCCGGACAUACAGCGCGGCCUUGAGCUGGUGUGCGUGGAUUUGGUGUCUACGCUCGCUUACGGAGGCGAGACGGUCUUGGUGUUCUUGCCUGGGAUAGCGGAGAUAUCGACUUUGUUUGAAACACUUGCUCCUUUAGAGCGUGAGGCGUGCGCGUCUGCUCCAGGAGCAGAAGGUUCUGCAGCAGCUGCUGGUGCCGGUGGUGGUGGCGGUGGUGCUGGUGCUGCAGCUGAGGCGACAGUAGCAGCGGGCAGCAGCAGCAGCAGCAGCAGCAGCAGCGGGGGUGGCCUUGAAGGCCCGCGUCCUUCUGCUCCUCGGUGCAAGUUGUUUGUGCUGCAUUCGACUAUCGGGAGAGAAGAACAGGCGGAGGUGUUCAGCCCCCCCCCUCCUUCUGUUUGUCAUGUUGUCCUUGCGAGCAACAUCGCUGAGAGCUCUCUAACGCUUCCUAACUGCCGCGUCGUGAUUGACUUCUGCUUGCGCAGGCAGAUGAUCUAUGACCCCAAGCGGCACGCGUCGGCGCUGGUCAAGUCCUGGACAUCGCAUGCGUCUUCGCAGCAGCGCAGCGGAAGAACAGGCCGUGUCUUCCCAGGUGUCUGCGUGCGGUUGGUCUCCAUGCGCUUCUAUGAGAAGUCUCUCCGCGUCUUCGAUCUCCCAGAGAUGCAGACAGCUCCUCUAGACAAGUUGUAUAUCACCGUCGCGCACUUAACAAAACGCCUCAACGCCAUCGCUCGUGCAGCGCAUGCAACCCCUACUGCAGACGGAGGCACCUCAGGGCGCUCUGGGAAGGCCCAGACAAUUCAAGGUGCGGGCCUUAGGGAGCAGGGGGCUCUUGAUGCGAACGGCGAGAUAACGCGUUUAGGGUAUCUGAUGAUGCAGCUGCCCAUAGAUGUGCGCCUCUGCAAAUUGGUGUUCCUGGGUGUUGCAUUUGGCUGCACGCUGGACGCCGUGGUGCUAGCUAGCUGUUUAGCUAGCACGGACCUGUUUGCCUUCCCAGCCUUGAUGCUGCUGCAGCGACACUCCAAGGCAUCUGCAGGCUUUGAGGCCGCGCUGCAGCUGCAGCAGCAGCUAAAGUCCAGGGCCUUAUUCGACGGCGGGCACUUCUCUGAGCCCCUCAUGCUACGCAAUUGCUUCGUGGAGUUCCUGCUGCACUUUGCUGCAUCAACAGCAGAGCUGCGCGCCCGUCUCGCUCGGCAGGCAGCAGGGAACCGAUCCCGCCGUCUGGAGUUGAAUAUGAAGCUGGAGUACAGUCGAGCUGCUCGGGAUUUCAGUCGUAUGCACGCAGUCGUUCCGAAGCGUCUCGUGCAAACAACUCUCCUCUGUUGUGAUUUGUGUCAGCGUGUGCGGAGACUUGUAGAUCCAUCGUCCGUGGCAUACAAGCACCUCGGGUUUAUGCUGCAGCUGUUGCAAGACGGGAGCGUCUUCUCGCGUCAGCAGCAGCAAGUUGGAGGGAAGCUGGGGAGUACGCAACAGCAACAGCAGCAACCGCAGCAGCAACAGCAACAGCAGGCGUUGCCGGAGCAGCAUCGUGGCGUUGCUGUUGAUGGGGCUGAGUUUGACGCGGCAACAGCGUACGAUCCAGCAGCAGCAGCAGCAGCGGUUGAGAAGCAUUUUGUGUCGGAUUCGAUUGUCCUGAAGACUCUUCUUGCUGCUUCUUUUUCUCCUUCAUUUAUGGUGGGGAAGGUGAAGAAUUGCAUCGACGGCGAAGACGCUGAAAAACCUGUUAUGGACGAAGCCGAAUCAGAGGAGAAAUCGCUCGCCUUGUACAGCUGGCUAACGGAUCGGGGUGUGGAGCUGAGUCGUUGUUUGUUUUUUAAUCGUAUGUACUCGGAGGAGAAGUUAGUCCUUUUGCAGGAGGCUUUAUCUGUGGUGCUGCCUGGGGUUGAUUUUUUGCUGUUAACGGGAGAUGCAUACAGCGACUGCGCCAGCGUCUACGCAUCUUCUGCUGCAGCAGCAGAAGAUGCUGCAGUGCAGCAUUUGAUUAGCGGCAGGACACCUGAUGAGCUCCAUCACAGCCUAAUCCUCUAUUUGCCUCCGACACCUCGCAAUGAGUGUUUCCAGUACGACGCAGAGGCAGCAGCAGCAGCAUCAGCAGCCUACAGGGAGCAGCUGCGCUGCCCUCCAACUGCUGCUGCACUUUUAGCACAGCAGCAGGAGCGCGAGCAGCAGGUGAAGCGGCUAUAUGACCGCUGGUUGGAACACGGGGAGGAGAGCGAAGGAGAAUCUGCAACAGAGUGGGAGGAGGACGAGACGAAACGUGAGAAGCAGAAGCAGAAGAAGAAGAAGAAGAAGAAAGAGUUUGAGGACAUAACGCUGGGGGCCCUGAAGAUCUGUGCCUCUGCGGCUGCUGUUGCUGCUGCUGCUUGCGGCAGCGGCUUAAAGAGCGUCAAUGAACGCAUCGCGCAGUAUGAAACCAUACGAGGCAAACACUUCCAGCCCUGCAAACUCUUCGCUUCUCACCCCGUAUGUGCGCAGCUCAUUAAUCAAUUUGCAUGCGGCCGGUGGAAGUUCUCCCUAUCCGUCCCGAAGACAACCCCCGGAGAUGCAGCGCAGAAGCGGCAGCAGCAGCAGCAACAGCAACAGCAGCAGCAGCAGCACGAGGAGGAAGAGGAGGAAACCAACCCCGGACAAGAAGACGAAGAAGACAAGCAAGAAGAAACAGCAGGAGCAGCAGCAGCAGGACUGCCUCAGCAGCAGGCGAUGUACGCAAUGGAGAUGUUUCGCCCUGUGUCUCCUUUUGCUGUAACUUGGUACUUCGUCAGCCCCCAGGAUGCAGCGCCCACAGCCAGCAGCAGCAGCAGCAGCAGCAAAUCCUUCAAGGCUUCUAAGGUACAGGGCAUCUUAAGCUAUCGCUCGCCUAUGGGCGUUCUCAGCGUUUGUCCCGAGCCCACGGGGACUGCAAAGGCAGGCAAGAAGGUAUUUCAACAGGCCGGCGAGGUAUACGCGGUAGCUGCUGCGCAGCAGAACAAAGACAGCGUCUCGCAGGCUUGGGCUGAGGGGGUGACGGUGCUGCCGCAGCGGGAAGCUUUGCUGCUGAUGCUUGCCUUUCUCCCAGGGAGUUCCCCCGUUGAACUGACUGUGGAGGCUUCAGCCGACGCUCCAGUCGCCGUCACAAAGUACUGCAGCAAAGCAACAGCAACAGGCAGCAAAAGCAGCAGCAAAAGUAGCGUUAGGAGCAGUACUAACAGUAGCAGUAGGAGUAGCAAAAGCAGCAACAAAAGCGGGAGCAGUAGUGGCAGCAAUACCACUAGCAGCAGCAGCAGUAGCAGCAGCAACAAAGCGUCUGGAGUGCUGAGAGGCUUGGGAUUUACGUGUGUUUGUUGCUGCUGCAGCAUUGAAAUGUUUGAAGGCGUCAGUUUGCUGCAGCGUGGAGACUCUGCGUACAUAACGCUGGGGGAUUUGCUGCGAGUGAAUGUGCUGCGGCAUUGGCUGUCGCGAGUCUUGCAAGGGGACGCAGGAGCAGCAGCAGCAGCAGCAGCGCUGCAACCCACAUCUGCUGCAGCAGCAGCAAGGAGCGGGAGACAACAAGUGCAGCAAGAGGCGCUUCUAGUUGAAGAAGGACUAGAAGAGCUGCAGGCUGCUCUUGCCGAUGUCCUCGCCCAUUGUAACGAACCCCUGUCCCCCUGGCAGGUCAACAAUCUUCUAACUAAAGCAGGAUCCCCUGCGGACCCCCGAGUGCAGGUAUUGUUUGAGCGGGGGUUGCCGCUGCGGCGGGAGUCUUCAGGAGGAAGAAGAGGAGGGGGAAAGGCAAAUAAUGUACAGGGAGGAUUACGAUUUACUCUCUCAGCAUUUGCUGCUAAUGCUGCCGAUACAGCAGCUUGUCUCCCGCCCUUCAAUGUCACAGCCAUUGCCCAGCACUACAACUCACUGCUACAGGAGAUGCAUAGGCGAGCAGGAGAGGCAAAAAGGAAGCAGCAACAGCAGCAGCAGCAGCAGCAGCACGCGUCGCACUCCUCUUGGCGCAGCGGCGUCCAGUCGGGCAAACACAAGGGCCGCAGCAGCAACAACGUGAGCGGCAGCAAGCAGCAUGGAGGGGCCAGCGGAAGGGCUUACCAGCAGCAAAAGCACCAGCAGCAUUCAAAACAACAGCAUCAGCAGCAGCAGCAUAGAGGACAGGGCCGCAGAAAGGGAAAGGGAGGCCAUGGGUCUUCGCAUGCGGCGGCUGACGGCGGUCACCAGCAACAGCAGCAGCACCGCCAGCAGCAGCAGCAACAACACCACCACCACCAGCAACAGCCUUACGGUGUUCAGGGGGACCAGCAGCAGCAGCACCACCAGCAGCAGCAUCGCUUUUCCCCCGGCUUUGCUCAGUCUGCUGAUAUGAGGCGCAGCGGUGCUGCUGCUGGCAGCAGAGGAGGCAUGAAGGCGCAACAGGCAGCACCCCCUGCCUUCAAGCAGCAGCAAGGAGGGCACUCAGCACCCCCCCAACAAGGUACGUACGCACAUUCGAUAGUAAAAACGAUAUCAGCAGCAACAGCAACCGCAGCAACAGCAGCCGCAGCAACAGCAGCAGGGGCAGUUGCAGCAUCCGUAGCAGCAGCACCAGGCGCAGCAGUAGCAGCAGCAGGAGUAGCAGCACCAGGAGUAGCGGCAGUGGCAGUAGCAGCAUCUGUAGCAGCAGCACCAGGCGCAGCAGUAGCAACAGCAGGAGCAACAGCAGUAAGAUCAGCGGGCCGGAUAAACCCUUUUCAGUCGCACGCUCCCGAGGGGCAUCAGCAUAUGGGCCUUCCCGUUUACGCUCGUCACCAGCAGCAUCAUGAUGCGCAGCAUCGGUAUGCUGUAGGAGGUGCUGCAGCGCCUGCUGCGGCUGCUGCUUCUGCUGCUGCUCCGAGUCUGCUGCAGCAGCAUCCGCAACAGGCCUACCUCUCGCACUACCGGCAGCCGCAGCAGGUGCAGCAGCACUAUGCACCUAACCCCUACGGAAUGCAGCAGCCGUUUCUCGAUGCGGCUCGCCUCCCCAGGCAGCAGCAGAUGCCUCUAGGGGCAGCCACGCUGCAGCAGCUCCAGCAGCUGCAGCAAUUGCAGCAGCUGCACAUAAGCGCGGGCGCACAGGCGCAGCAAGCUCAUGUACAGACAGCGGCCUACAGGGCUGCGCCUCCUGCUGCAGCGCUGCUGCAGCCGCAGCAACAGCAGCAUUUGGGAUUGCCUUCGCUGCAUGGCGACGCGAGGGCGCACCCAAAUGCGUUCGGGCAGUACGGGGGUCGAUGA